AUGGGUAGCUUGUUUAUCUUGCUCUUGUGUUUCACGGAGUGGGCUUUUGCCGCUACGGUGUAUUUUACGGCCAACCUAACUUGGGCCGAACAUUCUGUCGCAGGGUUUCAGCGGGAGAUUAUCCUUACCAAUGGACAGUACCCCGGUCCUGAACUCCGGUUGAACCAGGGCGAUGAUGUCUAUUUUGAUGUCUAUAACGGUUGCCCAUUCAACGUUACAGUUCAUUUUCAUGGUAUCGAACAGAUCGGCACACCGUGGUCAGAUGGAGUUCCUGGUUUGUCCCAGAGGCCAAUUGAGUCGAAUAGUGAAUUCCGGUAUCACUGGAAAGCUGAUCAAUAUGGCGCCUACUUCUACCACGCCCACCAUCGCGGCCAAUUGGAAGAUGGGCUGUACGGGCCGAUCUACAUCGCCCCCUCAAGGGCCGUGACAAAGCCCUUUAAUCUGAUAACGAGCAACGAUAUUGAGCUCCAGGCUAUGGUCUAUGCGGAAAAAAAUACUUCGCCAUUGCUGCUCUCGGACUGGCGGCUUUUGACCUCGGAGCAAAUUUGGAAUGCCGAGGAGGCCUCCGGCGUCGACGCUCUUUGUGCCAACGCUCUGCUAAUCAACGGGAAGGGCUCGGUGACAUGCUUCUCACAAGCCGAAAUUGAUAGCCUGACGACACCUGACCAGAAGGCGGCUCUGGGAAAUGAAAGUCUCACUGAUAUAGCAUGUUUUCCUCCUGAUGUCGCGCAAGGUGACUUCCCUCAUAACCUCAGUGCUCUCUUGCCAACAAUGUUCUAUGGGUGCACACCCUCCCGAGGCCCCCAGCAAGUCAUCAACGUCGACCCAGACUGUCAAUAUAUCAGUCUGGAACUUACCAGUGCCGCUGGCUUACUUAAACUCACAUUCUCCAUCGACGAACACUUCAUGUGGGUAUAUGCUAUUGAUGGACGCUACAUUGAGCCCGUCGAAGUGAACGCCAUCACUAUCGCCAAUGGGAACCGAUAUUCCGUCCUCGUUCCAGCGGACCAGACGCCGGGAGACUAUACAGUUCGCAUGGUCAGCGGUAGUGACCAACAAAUUCUCAAUACAACCGCCACUUUCCACUACCAAGCUCCGGACCAGCUCCAUCCGCCCUCGAAUCCAUGGAUAACCCUGACGGGUGGCAAUGCCACGGCAGAUACCGUCUUUUUCGACGAUAAACACAUCGUACCCUACCCAGCUAUUGCUCCAUCCACGGAUGUCGCCGCCACCUAUAUUCUGACAAUUAGUCGGUAUAACGCAUCGUACCGUUGGACACUCGGAAACAGUAGCUAUGACCUUGAACUCGAAGAAUCCCAAUCCCUGCUUUUCAACCAAACCGCCAUCCCAAGUGACCUGAUAGUUCGCACUAAUAAUGAUACAUGGGUCGACCUGAUCAUCCAAGUUGACUCACCAGCUCAACCGGCUCAUCCUAUCCACAAACAUUCCAACAAGCACUUUGUCAUUGGGCAGGGUUUGGGAACAUUCAGCUGGUCCUCAGUGGCAGAUGCGAUGCAGUCUAUUCCAGGCUCCUUCAAUCUUGUCAACCCUCCGAUCAGGGACACCACUUCUACUCCAAGUUCUGGCACUGGCCCUGCAUGGCUGGCUAUCCGGUAUCAGGUUGUGAAUCCGGGUGCAUUUAUGAUACAUUGUCAUAUUCAAGUUCACCAGAGUGGUGGAAUGGCGUUGGCGUUGUUGGAUGGAGUGGAUGAGUGGCCUGUUGUGCCAUCGAACUAUCUUGAUGAUUCGGGGUUCUGA